UUGCAUUGUCCACUCACAAGAUGGCACGCUCUUUUGCUCUGCUGCUGGUGUUCGCGUUGAUCGUAUCUACUUUGGCAGCACCAUCUAAACCGAAGGAAGAAGAAAAUGAAGAGGAAUAUGAUGAUGAAGAAUAUGAAGAUGGAGUAAAAGCUGAUGAUGGAAGUAUUGGAAUUUUAGGUAUAAGUGGUGGUACGUUUGAUGCAGGCAGUUUCAGUAUUGGCCAUGGGGGAGACAGUCAAGGGGACGGUGACGGUGGACACGCUGGCAACCAUGGCACCAACUCAUAUGGUGGAUCUGGAGGCGAUAAGGGCCAUAAUAAUUAUGGAAAGAAGUAGUCUAGGCCCAAUGAAUAAAUAAGUAGUCAGCUACAGUUUUAUAUCCACUCAAUUGUCUUCACAAAAUUGUGUGGUAUGUAACAGUUGUUUGUAGACGGUAUUAACAACUCAUUACCAGAUUCUGUUUAAAAAAUUCCAUUCAAAAGUUGUCUGUAAGGAAUUGCUAUGUGUGAUAAAACGCCCGAUAAUCAAAUUAAUAUUAGGUACAAUGUAAACGAUUUUUUUCUAUAUGUAAGUUUAAAAUAAAUAAAUAACACUAUUGUAAAUAUAUAAAAACAUUGAUAGUUAUAAUUGUUCUUCGUUUUGAUUACUAAAAAUAAAUAAAUGAAUAAAAAAAAUAAGCCUUUAUUACUGAGGUUACAAAUUUACAAUUUAGUUUAUAUUACUAUACAUGUAUACAUGAUUACUAUACUCUACGUGAUGUAUAUAUAGUAUAGUAAUAUAGUAAAUUCGUUCUGAUUACUAACGAUA